AUGUCUCUAACAGUGACGCAACAACUACCGCAAAGGGAGCUUGAUGCACCAAAACUUGAUACUUCUCUUGCACAGCGACAUUCACAGCUCCGACCUCAAAUAGAAUCAUUAUCCGUCGAGCCUCCUAUCUAUUCUCCCUCCGCCGACGCCGACGAAUCUUCUCGCGAAAGCACUCCCACAACCAUGGUUCCCACUCAACGACAACUCGCUUCUGCUCCUGCUCUUCCUGCUAAGAGUGCCCUCCGAGCUUCAAGAUGCUUGGACGGUCUCCUCGCCCACAAGCUCAACACCCAAGGCCAAUCUGCUUUCUCUGCUCCUCAUGAUGUCUACCUUUCCUCUGAGGAAGAUGCUUCCUCCUCCGCCGAUGACUUUUCCGACUUUGAGACCGACUCUGGUAGCGAUGAGUCCCUCGCUUCAGAUCGAAGAGGCAGCCGUGAGGACACUGCCAAGAUGGUCUCGGUUGUCUACGCUGGAAAGCCUUCAGUGAUUGAUCUUCCCCGACGAUCAGUAUCUCCUAGCCUCAUCAGUGAAGCUUCUUCCCGACCCUCAUCAAGAAUGUCGACCUUGUCUCGACCUGCCAGCUGCCUUCGCAGAACAUCUACUCUCCCAGUCACACUUCCCGUUCUCGAUCGCCGCAUGUCUUUCUGCACCACAUCUUCAGGGUCCGUUAUGCACCCUCCACGAACCAGCAGCAUGGGCACUAGCCGUCUCGAGAAGCAAAAGCCAGACUUCCUCAGCAUUGACCCUUUUGCGACCAAGGCUGAGCCUGAAACCAAGGAAGAGUCAAGUGAGAGACCUAAGACACCAAAGUCUCCUGGUGUAUUCAAGCGCACACUGAGCUUGGUUAAGAAGCGAAGCCGACCUUCGCUCAACACAAAUUUCGCCAGCCAAUCCCGAGACAACCUUUCUCUCUACACACCUUCGCUGCAUAUGGAGCAGGUUCAGGAAGAGCCAGGUACCGACUCGGAUGACAGAGCUCCUAAGCCUAUCCUCAACAAGGCACCUACCUACCACGAGUUUGCCCAAAGAAGGAUGUCAUCAGCCCCAAUGUCGCCCAUGUCACCUAUGUCCGAACCUGGAUCGCCAAUGACACCCAACAGUACCCGCAGCCGUCUAAGGCAGGGAUUGGCAGCAGCGGCGCGACGACGAAGCGUCAAGGUUUAA